AUGGUUACCUGGGGAAAACAACACUGCUGUCUUGGCAGAAUACAGGAUAUUUUCUUGCGAUUCAGGAUUGUUCUAGCCGUUCUUUUACUUCAUUUGUUCCUGGCCACAGCAAGCAAAGAUCAGAAUUUCCUAGGACAAUAUAAAGCCGUCUUUAAGACUGCAUGCGAGGAUCCUUGGAUUAUGUCAACAAGAAUUUCUCUGCGUCCCUUGAAAGAAUUCAUUGUCUGUGUGCAGCUCAAGCUAUAUUCCUCAGAUAGUUCCUGGACAGCAUAUGUGUACAGUCAAGAAACAGCUCACAGCAAUCUCUCUGCAAAUACGUAUGAUCUUGGACUUACAGGACAUGAUGGUAAAUUGAGGAUAUGGUUGUUUGGAAAUGAAAUAAAUACGUCAGAAAGACUUCACGAAAACACUUGGAACCAAAUAUGUAUCCAGUGGAAGAGUAAAGAUGAGGAAAUGAAGGUAUUCAUUAACGGAGAAAAAAAAGCAAACAAAAAACUACCCGGGAAAGUUAAUUUGCCUGAAAAAGGGCAAUUCUUACUUGGCUGCUCAAAGCUGCGAGGUACAGCUGUGUCACCUAACCAGGGUAUGACUGGGGAGCUGUACAUGUUCAGAAUGUGGGAUAAAGCAAAUGUAAAGCAGUCGAUGUACUGCGAAGACAGUGGUGUUAUACGCUGGAGAAAGGAGGAUUGGGUCUACAACAAGACAGUAGAAGAGGAUAACUCUUUGCCAUGUGUUGAAACUACUGCUACGUUGCCUGGCAGAGAACACUUGACAGACACUCAGGAAUCAGCUGCAACAACCAUUUCUGAUAUGACUUCAGAGGAGACUACACAAACUGCAGAAGCACUCAACAUCACUGAUUAUUACUCCACCAUAACACCAGCAGGAGAAACCAUUUUAUGCAACAUAACACCUGUCUGUAAUUAUUCAGUUUUCUAUGUGGGCACAGUAAGACUUCAGGUGACUGAGGAAAGUAACACGUCACUAAAUGUAGAAAUAAUUAAUAACACAGCCAUCAACAAACAAGUUACAAAAUUACUUGCAAUUUCAGCACCUUCCCCACAAGAAUUGAGAGUUUCAGAGUUCAACAAAACCCUGCAAGCACUAAGUGAGUCCUCUGUUAUGAAAUGCAGCACUGAAAACCAAAGCGUGUACUGCAAUUUUAUAAUGAAGCUGGCGGACAGAGAGAAUGUAAGCAGUUUAAGAGACAAAACGGAAAUAAUCAAGCUUGAACGGUGCUGCUGUUCAUCACUGAAGUAUUGUUCCUUGACUGCUGAAGAAUUACGAAUGUAUACUAUACAAGUGCCGCCUCAUACUAUUUGGGUUCCUUUCCCUCAUUUUCCUUCUCUCCCUAAAAAGACUUAUCCCCAGUCUAAUACUUUUACUUCCCCUACUACACUUUCCACCAAACAAAGCCCCACAAGUACACCACUGAUGUCACCGUUCACAGACAUUUAUUCUCCUGAAACUGUGUCCACAUCUCACACUACAGUUCCUCUCUCUGAAACUUCUGCCACAUCUACUACUGAAACUUCUGUGUCUUCCACCAGUGCUACCUCUACGCUUUCCUCUUCUGAGUCUCUUGCUCAACCUGCCAUUUCCACUUUUCCUUCUAAUAAAUCUGUCACUGCUUCCACAACUGCAACAAAAUCUGCCACUAAUGCCGCUUUCUCAAUUAAAUCUGAUGCUGCAUAUUUUAGCAAGCCUAUUACAAUAAUUUCUCCUUCUGUAGAUCUCAGUAAACAUUCCACAGUUUCCUCUUCUGAGCUUCCCCCAAAACCUUCAAUAGCAAUUCCUCCCAUGGAGACUACCACCAAAUCUAUUGCACAAAAUCAUCUUGCUACAGAGUCAACCCAACCUAUUUCUGGUAACAAAAAAAUUACUACAGCACCUUUACAGCACCUUCCUCUUACGCCUUUCCCAACAACUUUGACCCCUACCGUUGGUCCUAUCAACCACUCUGUCUCAGCUUCUCAUCCUCAUGCCAGCGCUGCAGUCCAUGGUAGCAUAAUUCAUGGGAGCACAGGAAAGAUACUCUCAACUACCACGUACACAACUUAUGUGCAUACCACCACUAGUAUGAUCACAGCUGAGCAAAUCGUGUCCAAAAUAGAAAAUGAUUUAGCAGCUGGAAAAGUAGAGCCAAAAGAUGUAGAAAGGAUGGUUAGUGAGGUUAGCAAAGUCCUGACUGCCUCUCAACCAUUACCACCCCGAAUAUCUAACAGAAUUAUAAAACUGGUGGAUUAUAUUGGCUUAAAACUGAACUUUCCAGCAACAUCUGCUGAUUUUGCCUCCCCUUCCUUGGCUCUGGCAGUUGUCAAGACCAAUAGCAUCCGCUCCAACCAGAUGUCUUUUGCUGUCAAGGACUCAGCUGAUCUCCAGGUCUUUCUUAAUGCACGUAGUGAUUUCGAUAAUCUUGGAUCAAUUACUCUUCCUUCAUCAUUGCUGAUAAAUUUAUCCCCUGAAGAACUGAACAUGGCUUCUAGAAUUAUAUUCAACUUCUUUAAAAAGACUACUGUGUUUCAGGAUCUAUCCUUGAAGAAUGCAUCUUUAAUCAGCAAUGUUAUAUCAUCGAGUGUUGCUAACCUCACAAUUAGAAACUUAAAGACAAAUGUUACUAUCACUUUACAGACUGUCAGACCUAAUCAGGAUAAUUCAACAGUUACAUGUGUUUUUUGGGACUUCAGUAGAAAUGAUGGACAUGGAGGCUGGUCAUCUGAAGGUUGCAUAGUUAAAGAAAGUAGAGUAAAUGAAACAGUCUGUUCAUGCAACCACCUCACAAGCUUUGCAGUUUUGACGAAUAUGUAUGGAGAUACUCCUUGGGAUCCCACACAAGAAUUGGCACUGACUUUUAUAUCCUAUAUAGGCUGUGGCCUCUCUGCAGUUUUUCUUUCUGUUACUCUUGUGACCUACCUAGCCUUUGAGAAAAUCCGGAGAGAUAUCCCGUCCAAAAUCCUUAUUCAGCUGUGUACUGCAUUACUUCUACUUAACUUAGUUUUCCUUCUUGACUCGUGGAUCACACUGUAUCAAUCUCGAAUUCUGUGCAUCACAGUUGCAGCAUGUCUUCACUAUUUCCUCUUGGCUGCCUUCACCUGGAUGGGCCUAGAAGCUUUCCACAUGUAUCUGGCCCUUGUCAAAGUCUUUAAUACCUAUGUACAGAGAUACAUGCUUAAAUUUUGCAUUGUUGGUUGGGGGUUACCAGCAGUAGUUGUGUCCACUGUGUUGGCAGUAUCAACAGAAAAUUAUGGACUUCUAACCACUGGGAAGGUUUCACUUGCAUUCUGCUGGAUUAAAAACAAAACUGUCUUCUAUAUUGCUGCUGUGGGAUACUUUUGCGUGAUAUUCCUGGUCAAUACCGGCAUGUUCAUUGUUGUGCUGAUCCAGCUCUAUCGUAUCAAAAAGAAAAAACAACUUGGUUCUCAGAGAAAAAACAGUAUUCAAGAACUUAGGAGUGUUACCGGACUCACAUUCUUGUUGGGAAUUACUUGGGGAUUUGCUUUCCUCCAAGUCAGUGUGGUAUUUAGUUACCUCUUUACCAUUUUCAACUCUUUGCAAGGGUUCUUCAUUUUUCUCUUCUAUUGUGCAACAAAGGAGAAUGUCCGUAAACAGUGGAAAAGAUUUCUCUGUUGUGGGAAAUUUAGGCUGGCUGAAAACUCUGAUUGGAGUAGAACUCCUGCUAAUCGUUUAAGGAAACAGACUGUAAAUCAAGGAGUAUUCAAUUCUUCUCAUUCCUUGCAAUCAACCAGUAACUCCACUAUCUCUACUACACUACUAAUGAAUAGUGAUUAUUCACUGCAUGUGAAUGGAAAUGGCUAUCUGUCCAGUGAGAAGAAUGGUGUUUCUUUCAUUAAACACAAUGGUGAUGUGUGUCUCCAUGACUUUUCAGGCAAAAAACUUGUAUUACAAGAAAAGGAUGAUACAGGCAGCCAAAAAAACCAUAUCUCGCUCCAAAGAAGGACUCCAAAGAAGGGAAAACUAAAUCUUGUUGAGAAAAUGUGA